CUUUUUUUACCUUGAAAAAAAUAUCUCAAACCCCAAAAACCUAACCUCGAACGAAAACGACAAAAUUCAUUCUCCGUUCGUUCAUCAAUCGCCUUGAAUUCUCUCGUCAUCAACAAUUGCUUCGAAUCCAUUUGAACCGAUGAUUUCGAAGGAUCACCACCACCAUCAUCAUCAUCAUCAUCAUCCGGAUCCUUUGGUCACAUCCUCCAAAUCAUUCCACAUGAAAGCCUCCGCCGUUGCGCCGUCGUCGGCAUCAGUUCAAUUGUCGCAAUCGGCGUGGCUGGAGGUUCGUCUGUUCUACGUCCGCAUCGCCCCCUGCUUCGUCGAGAACGUCCCCGACUCCCUCACCCUCCGUCACCCCCGCCGUGAAACCGGCGCUUCUCUCGAGGUAAACGGCGUCCGCGUUCCUCCACUGCAGACGGCGUCUCUAAAGCUCCGACGCGACAGAGUGGACCGGGAAUCGUCGGAGGUGACUUACGUGAGCACGGAGGCCGUGCGCGUGACGGGGUGCGUCGAUUUCGAGGUGUACGAUAAGGAGGAGAUGGUGCUGUGCGGGAACCUAGAUAGAAUCGAAGGCGCGUGGAGUAAUAACGGAACGGUGAGCGAUGCCAAGACUGGGUGGGGCAUGGAUUGUUACGUGGCUAUGCGAAACGGUUCGGGCUCUUCCUCCUCCUCCUCUGCGUUUUUCAGGCCGAAGCUUGGCGUCUCGUCUCCCUCCGUGGAGGUUUAUAUUGCUGGUUGCUGUGGCGGUGUUCCCGUCAUCUUGACUAAGACCAUUCAGGCGAGUCCGAGGAGGAAGGUGGCCAGGCACGUGACGCUCGACGCUAUCCCUGAGGACGAGGAGGUUGAGAAGGAGCAAGACGUUGUUACCACUGGUGAUGAAUUCGCCCGCCAGCAGAAAGUGCAGAUGAUGGAGUCAGAGGUUGGUGACUACGAUGAUGAGUCUGAAAUGAAGAUGAGGUACUACCCUGAAGGGAUGUACGUGGAUGAGGAUGGUCAACUCUCGUGGUUCAAUGCAGGUGUCAGAGUUGGAGUUGGGAUAGGCCUUGGGAUGUGCCUUGGCGUUGGCAUCGGAGUUGGAUUGCUCAUGCGCUCAUAUCAAGCUACUACUAGUAACCUUCGUAGGAGGUUCUUCUGAUCAUCAUCACCCUGAGGCAUGUCGAGAUGUUUGAAUGGUGGUAACUAUGAAUUCCGCUGUGGGUGGGUUAUAGAAAGCAAGAAACAAGUGGAGAUAGAAUUUUGGUAGAUAGCUGUAUAGACUUCUUCUUCGUUUUUUCAUCGCUUAUAGUCGGCUUUUGUUUUUAUUCAAAUAUUUGUUGCUUCGUGUUGUUGUCGCUGCUACACUCUGGAGCUUGUGUUUUCUUCCUGGUCAAGAAGAAAUAAUAUUGACA